AUGGCUCAUAGGGCUUUUGUACAGGUCAUCAUUACAGGUGCACAAGUUUUUGGAAGGGCAUUUGGUGAGGCAUAUAGGCAAGCAGCUUCUCAAUCAGUGAAGCAGGGUGCUACAGAGGCCAGUAGAGGUCGUGGGCGUUCAGCUAAAGAAGAAUAUGGUGGUAUUACGCUUGAUGAGAGUUGUAAGAUUCUAAAUAUUGAGCCAUCUAAUGCUAAAGAUUAUUUGAACUUAGAUAAAGUAAACAAAAGAUUUGAUUAUUUGUUUAAUAUUAAUGAUAAGGAUAAAGGUGGAAGUUUUUAUUUACAAAGUAAGAUAUAUAGGGCUGCGGAGAGGUUAAAAUGGGAGAUUAAAGAAAAAGAAAAAGAAGCUAAUAUAGAAAAGGAUGACAUUUCGCCAUCAUCUGAAGGAUCUAAAGAAAAUACAAAGCCUCAAUAA